UUAUAUGUUUCUUCCCGGUGGUGCUGAUGUAACAGACCUGUGUCUUUUGCAGUAGGUUAUUAUUUGGUGUUUUUCCGAGUUACUAUGCAGUUUUUUUCAGCCUGAACCACGUCCUGUCGCAUAGGUUUCGCUCAGGCUUCCCCCAGUCAGUCCAUGGCCGAUCAGCAUGAGACCGUCAGCCUCUGUCCUCCUCAAACAGACCAUUCAACAGCUGCAGGACACAGCUGGUUCCCUGGACCACCUCCGCCCAUGUAUUCCUGCACGUUGACCCCUGAACUGGUGGCCAAAGCACGGGAAGAGCUCCAGGAGAAGCCAGAGUGGCGUCUGCGAGAUGUCCAAGCACUGAGAGACAUGAUUCUGAAGGAACAUCCCAAUCUCAGAACCCGACUGGAUGACUCCUUCCUCCUGCGCUUCCUGCGGGCCAGGAAGUUUGACUACGACCGCGCCCUGCAGCUGCUGCUCAACUACCACGCGGGCCGUAAGGCCUGGCCGGAGGUCUUCCAGGACCUGAAGCCGUCCACGGUCAAACACGUCCUGGACCUGGGUUUUCUCACGGUCCUGCCCAGACCGGAUCCCAACGGGAGAUACAUCCUCUUUCUCCGGCCAGGAAAAUGGAAAGCAAACGACUAUCCCUUCGUGGACAAUGUGCGGGCCAUUUAUCUGACUCUGGAGAAGCUGAUCCAACCAGAGGAAACGCAGGUGAACGGGAUCGUCAUCUUAGCCGACUACACCGGGGUGGGCAUGUCGCAAGCGUCCAAUCCAGGGCCCUUUCUCGCCAAAAAGGUCGUGAGCAUACUCCAGGACGGCUUUCCCAUCAGAAUCAAGGCCGUUAACAUAAUUAACGAGCCGCGGAUUUUCAAAGGCAUCUUCGCGCUAAUCAAGCCUUUCCUGAAGGAGAAGAUGGCAGAGAGGUACGUCCUCCACGGCUCAGACCUGCGCUCUCUGCACCGGAACAUCCCGCCGUCGGUUCUGCCGGAGGAGUAUGGCGGCCCCGCCGGCCGGCUGGACAUGAACGCCUGGUCGAGGCUGCUGCUGGACUGCGAGGAGGAGUUCAUAGUGGAGUUCUGCCAGCCUGAUCCACUAGAGGGCGUGGUGCUCCCUGACUCCAUGCUGUUUGAGGGCGAGCAGGCCGGAGGAAAGGACGAGGACACCUUCAGAGGGCUGCGCUCUCAACUUUACUACUGUUACUGAUGUGCACACAGCCAGUCACUGAGAGGACUUCUUCUGUUUCACCUGAAACAUGAGUGUAGACUUUUGUAGGGCAAGUUGCCAAUACUCUACAUGAUUUAUUUUACUAACUAAACAGCACUACACUAUUACAAUUAACUUUACUUUAAAAGAAGCCCAGCAUCCAGUCAUUGCUCCAAGGCAGCUCCAUGUGCUCUGCUGACAUGAACUCGUAUUUCUUUAAUAUCUUCACUGAUGUUUAAGUCAGGGCUUUACAUUGUGUGAGCCUGGAUGUUAAAAGAAGCAGAUUUUACUUGUUUAUUUCAUAAUUCCAUAAGAACAUAUCCUAUUCUUUGAGAGAUCCGUUCCAAACACAGAGCUUUGGCUUCAUUUGACCAAUUAGAUAAAAGGAAAGUUGUGAAUUUAGUUAAAUUUAAUAGGUGCAAAUAUGAAUAUAUCCAAGUUACACGCAUCACAAUUCAGGCAAAAAGCAGGAAAAUCAACAAAAAAACACAACCUUGAGGUUGCUCUGGUAGUUGUUAGUUUUUUUUCAUUAUUUUUCAUAGAUGGGAAGUGGAGUGUUUAUUGGCAGCUGACUUCUAAAUAAUGAGUUGAAUUAUCACAGCAAGAAAACAGUGAUUCAUGGCUGUUUAUGCAACAUCUAGAUGCAAGCAAAAAAAAAAAAUCUUAUUUUGGCUGCUUUUCUGAAGUUACAGUUUUCCCCCCAAUGCAUUCAGAUGAUCAUGAAUUCUACAAAUUAUUUUUUUUAUUUGGUGGCCAAUUUUGAUUGUCUUUGAGGUUUGACAUGCCGAUUCGUUUUUUUUCCUUAAGUACUAUAAGCACUUAAAAAAGAGAAAGAAGUAAAUUGCAUGAUUAGUACCAUUUAUGCAUAAAAGCACUUUUCUUGACUUUAACCCUUUUGAAGAAUCCCAAAUAGUCCAUCUAAGUACGUGUUCUUUGUUGAUGUGUUCAUAAACCACAUUAAUUGGUUGGAGUUCUACGUUGUUUUUUGCAUUUAACGGAUAAGAAAAAAAAAAUCUAUUUUCCUUUUUUUGUCAACGACAAGAAAACUGGUGGAAGGGCGGGUGAAUCUGUAAGCAUUUUGUUUUGUAUCGUCUUUCUGUCAGUGUUACAUAUCUGUUAGUGUUCGGUCCAUGCGGAUGCAUUGUCCCACAAUGCAUCUGAAGAAGAGGGAAGACAGUUUUUUUUUUUUUUUUUUUUGUGCAACCAUGAACAACAUUGCCUUAAACUGUUCUAAUAAUUAGUUACACUUGUGUGCACCAAAGCAAUAUGUGUUUUCUAGUCCAGAGAGUUUGAUAUUAUAGGUGGCUGCUACUUCAGCUGAAUGUGUGUGUGUGUGUGUGUGUGGGCUUCAGAGCCUUUGUUUAGUCAUAGUUUUGGGCUAAAUAUAGGUAAUCUGCCUUAUAUAUUUUGUAGGUUUACAUGUUUUAUUUGCCUGUUUUCUCAUUGCAGUCUUAAUGCCAUACGUCACAUGACUUUAUGGAUUUCUGAUUUGCCAAAUUGUACAUAAAUGUGCAAUAUUAUGUCAUUGAUCGUCUUGCAUCUGCUCCAUGCUGACAAGUUCAUUUUUUUUAUUUUUAUUUUUUUAUUUUUCAAGCAUGUCUGUGACUGAGCUGUGUUGUAUUGCAGGAUAUUUAUUGUUAACGGUUAAGUCAGUAAAGCUAUUAUACAGAAAGUG